AUGGUCAGCAAUAAGACUAGUGGGGGAGGUUGGCAGGGGGGGCUGCUGCUCAGGGACUGUCUGGGCAUCGGUCGAUUGGUGGCUACUCGACAUGCAGAAAUGGUGGCAAUCGAUCAGGUCCUUGACUGGUGCAAGCAACAGAACAGAGAUUACACAGAAGUGUUUGCACACUCAGUACUGUACGUCACUGUGGAGCCUUGCAUCAUGUGUGCAGCGGCCGUGCGCUUGAUGAAAAUUCCACGGGUUGUAUAUGGCUGUCGAAAUGAGCGAUUUGGAGGCUGCGGCUCAGUUUUGAGCAUCUCAUCUGAUGAUAUGGUAGACACAGGAGACCCAUUUGAAUGCGAUUCUGGCUAUCGUGCCAAAGAAGCAGUGGAACUGUUAAAAGCUUUCUACAGACAAGAAAAUCCCAAUGCACCAAAAUCAAAAGUACGGAAGAAGGACCAUCGUAAUUAG